AUGGCGCCCAACGCAGUUCAAGACACUCGGAACGAAAUCUGUACCGAUACGGGCUCCGUCACCUGUCAAAUCUGCCUGGAAGAGCUCAUGUCGGAGGACCAAACGACCAUCAACAUCGUCACUCAUUUCUGCUCAAAAACUUGCCCCGCAGUCUUCUGCACGCCAUGCCUUGAAAAACUUUUGCUCUUGGCAAAAGAAGUCCCGUACACCGGCGCGCUACCCAAGAUCCGCUGUCCGAUCUGCCUUGUUUCUGUCAACAGGCAGCAAUGGGUUCGCUGCUUGGACCCCAAAGCGGCAACAGCGAAAUCCCUAAUUCAGCGGUACACGAGGCUAUGCGAAGCCUCGUGCAACUUCACCUACUUCGCUAAUGAUGUGGCUCUCACACUCCGACCCUGCGAGAAAGCUCGUAUCCCAGAGCUUCGACGCGUAGUUCGUCGAUUCUGUCACCACACCAAGACCACCACCGCCCGCGAUGUGAUCCGCUACGUCGCGGACAACUUUGCAGCUUCCAAGACCAACUGCAUUGUACACAAAAUACUCCCGCGGAUUCUAGAUCAAGAGCGGCGAGCGACGCUACUAUUGACGUACCAUAGCAUUCACCGCCGCGUCGUGACUCGCUGCUGCGGUUUCUUUGCUUGCUUUAACUGCAAGCGCACAAUGUACGAUGAAAGCACGCCAUGCGAGUGCGAAGAGGAAGACAAGGAGAUGAUCAGCGAUGAAGACGUAAUUGAGUGUCGCUCUUGCCGUGUGAUGAUCGUCAAAGUUGAUGGUUGCAACAGUGUUUGGUGCGUUUGCGGCUUUUCUAUGAGCUGGACCGACGAGCAGCGCAUCAAAAAGCUUCACCAGCGAAAGCUGCUCCCAGUGGACCCUUUUGACAUGACGGUGUAUAACCAUUGGUCAUCGUGGCACUACACUUUCCAGAGCGUUGUCGGCGAGAGCUAUUGGGAACUUCGUCAGUCAGCCAUUCUACACAGUCUCAACAACUCCCACCCAGUCUUCCGUGAAACACUGCGUCACUUGGUAUGGAGGCGGCAAUUCCGCCGAUUGAUCACGGACGCCGUCCUGGCGCUGCGACACAGAUUCAUGUUGCGCUGGUACCCCGCUAUCACGGAGUCACUUCGAACUUUGGUCUGGCGUCGGCGUCGGCGUCGCUUCCACCGCAUGUUGCUGGACGAAUAUCGCACCACCUUUGUCGCUCGCACUGCUCGUCAUGAAGCAGAGAAGCUUAAACCUGUUCUUCUCAGGCUCGUGUGGUACUGCCGCUUCCGCAAUCAGGUAUUAGGCUCACUACGCCGUCGUUUCUACUGCUUGUCAAAGGGCUGGGGGAACCUCACAGAAGAACAAAUGGAAUUGGAUGAGGACCAGCUCGCCAUGCUCAGCAUCGGGCUCAACUAA